AUGAUGGAAAAGGCUCAAGAGUUCCGCGCUCUCCCGAAUCCGACAGAUGCCGAUCUCCUGCAUUCAGAGGUCGACAUUAAAGGUGCAAACUCAGCGGUUGAGCCUCAAAAUACAUACGAUGGCGAUGAGGACCAGUUGGCUAGACUGGGCAAAAAGCAAGUCCUGAAGAGGAGUUUCGGGUUCUGGUCCACAUUGGGUUUUAGCUGUGCUCUCCUGAUAACCUGGGAAGGCCAGCUUUCAGUCUUCACCACGGGUCUUAGCAACGGAGGCCCAGCUGGAUUGAUAUACGGCUUCAUAAUCGUAUGGAUUGGCACACUGUGUGUCUUUACUACACUAAGUGAAUUGGCGUCAAUGGCGCCGACCGCGGGCGGCCAGUACCACUGGGUCGCAAUGCUGGCACCCAAGUCUUCACAGAAGAUUCUCAGCUACAUCACGGGAUGGCUCACAGUACUUGGCUGGCAAGCACAGAUCGCGUCGGCCUCAUACCUCACUGGAACAACGAUUCAAGGAGUCGUCAUCUUGACCUGCCCAAGCUAUGACCCUCAACGCUGGCAUGGUACCCUUUUGGCUUGGGCGGUGGUGAUCUGCGGUCUCGGUAUCAACACGUUGGUCAGCAGUAUUCUGGCAAAGAUAGAGACACUGAUCCUGAUACUCCACAUCGUGGCAUUUGUCGCGAUACUGAUUCCGUUAGUCUUUCUCGGCCCCCAUAGCUCCCCGCAAGAGGUCUUUACGGUCUUUACAAACGCGGGGGGGUGGCCUACACAGGGUCUAUCCUUCUUUGUGGGCCUCGUGGGCCCUGUUUUUGCUUUCCUUGGUACAGAUGGAGCCAUACACAUAUCUGAGGAGGUUAGAAAUGCUGCUAUCAUCGUGCCGCGUUCAAUGAUCUUGAGUGUGCUCAUCAAUGGAACGCUCGGCUUCGGCAUGCUCCUCGCAAUGGUGUUCUGCCUCGGGAACAUUGAUACGAUCAGCUCGACGCCACCGACCCAGUAUCCGUUCAUGGCAGUGUUUGCGCAAGCCGUAGGCUCAAACUCUGGAGGCGCAGGAAUGGUCGCUGUGAUAAUUUUCAUGUAUGUCUGUGCGACGACGACUUCGCUCGCAUCUUCGUCACGCAUGACCUGGUCGUUUGCUAGAGAUCGUGGAUUACCAUUCUCAGAGCAUCUCAGCAGGAUCAAUCGGCGCACCUCGUUACCUCUCUAUCCGAUCUUCCUCACCGCCGUAUUCACCUGCCUUCUCGCGCUGAUCAACAUCGGCUCCUCGGUCGCUUUCAACGAUGUCAUUUCGCUGACGGUCGGUGGACUUUACUCAUCCUACCUCAUUUGUUGCACGCUUCUUCUGUGGCGCCGCUGCACUGGCGGUAUUGGUGGGUCCUCCCAAGAUACAGCGCAAAAGACGGGUCUGCACUGGGGUCCUUUCAGAAUCCCAGGGGUUUUAGGAAUCGCCGUUAACAUUGUAGCCUGUGCAUUUGUGAUCAUCGUUAUAUUUUUCAGUUUCUGGCCACCGGCAACGCCGACUACCGCGGAGUCCAUGAACUAUAGUGUCCUGGUCUUCGGUGGCAUAAUCCUGUUUAGCAUAGCCUACUACCUGACAAUCGCACAUAGGACCUACCUCGGGCCGCUGACCGAGGUUGAGGUACGUUGA